CAAAGACCCAGGGUUAAAACCUCCUGGGAGCUUCUGAGAACUCAGCUGGAACCACAGGCACAGCAUUGGCAGCACCAUCAUGAUAUCGCAACCCAUGACCAAUGAGACCAUUGUAGUGCUCUCAACAAAUGGCAUGAACCUCUCCCAAACAGAGAAACCCCAACCCUCCAACCAGAGGCAAGACAGCCUGAAGAAAUAUGUGAAGGAUGAAGUCAACGUUAUUGGGGCUAUCCAGAUCUUUUGUGGCGUGAUGGUGUUGAACUUUGGAAUCAUUUUAGCAUCUGCUUCCUUCUCUCCACAUUUUACCCGUGUGUUUUCUACCCUGUUGAAGUCAGGUUACCCAUUCACAGGAUCCUUGUGUUUUGUCAUUUCUGGCUCUCUGUCCAUCAUCACAGAGAAAAGGCCGACUAAGACUUUGGUUCACGGCAGCCUGGCUGGAAGCAUUCUGAGCACUCUGUCUGCUCUAGUGGGUUUCAUUCUCCUCUCUAUCACCCUGGCUGCUUUGACUCCUGCUUCACUCGAGUGUCAGAUGGACAACAAUAACAGGCCCCCUGAAGCUUACUUUUCUUUCUAUUCUUUUGGUCCAUAUAUGAAGUACUGCUUUGUGGCCCAAACCAGUCUGUUUGGAACUUUGUCUCUGAUGCUGAUUUGCACUGUGCUGCAGUUCUGCCUAGCUGUGCUCACUGCUGUGCUUUGGUGGAAACAGGCUUACUCCCACUUCGACGGGGUGAGUGUGCGGACCACCAGGAGUGGCAGAAGGAACAAUCAGUUGCUCAUAAGAUAUAUGUGGGAGGUGGUUUCGAUGGUGAUGGAAGACAGUCAGAUAAGGAAUGGCAAUUCAAGUAGCUGA